GAUUUAUACUGUAUAUUUUUAGACAAUAUUUUUGGAACGUGAGAAAAAGGAGAAGAGAUCUUAUCAACUCAUAAUCAUAUGCAUGCUGCUGCAUGCAGAGAUUUUAAAAAGAUAAUUCUAUUUUUAUGAAUUAAUCUUAAAAACGUCCCUCUUAUUGGCAUUAAUUAGCAUUAAUUAUUUUAUAUCUCUCUCGUAACUCCAAAUUUUACAGGGCAAUCAAUUAGCCGUCAAUGCCCACUUUUCCCGUAGAGUUCUAUAACUUCACUUGCAUACCUUCUCUUUCCAUAUCUACCAGUAUAUUUUUAUCUACACCUCUUUCUUUCUUUAUCUGAUUAGUGAUCAUAUUAAUGAUGAUGAACUCGUUUAGCAAUUUGGAGUGUGAUAAGGUAUUUGGCAAAGAAGAUAAGCCAUUCUCGUUUCUAGAGUAUUUCUCUUAUCAAAGCGAGUUUACCAAUAAUUUCUUUGGAUUGGAAGAUGAAAUUAUUUCCUCUGGCAACUAUGAUUAUUAUCUUCCAUCUGCCUCAAGCUUUCUGGCUUUACCUGAUCUUGAACCCAUCUCCAUCGUCUCUCAUGAAGAUAUACUUAACGACUACGGUUCUGUUUCAUGGACUGAAAAAGAGUCAGUGUUUGAUGAACAUCAAAGAGAAGAUUUUGAUUUGGUGAAAGAGACUGAAACUAUCAAGAAAAGAGCCAGAGAAGAAUGUGCUUAUAGUAGCUAUGCUGCAAAGCCAUUGUCGAAGGAAACCAUCUCAUUGUACUAUGACAUGCCAAUAGCUCAAGCGGCUAAGGAGCUUAACAUUGGUUUAACUCUUUUGAAGAAGAAAUGUCGUGACUUGGGUAUUCAGCGUUGGCCUCAUCGUAAAUUCAUGAGCCUAGAUAAUCUCAUCGAGAAUGUCAAGAAGUUGGAGAAAGGGGAAGGGAACGCAGAUGAGCAAAGAAAAAAAUUGGAAAAGCUCACGAAGGAGAAGAAAAGGAUGAAGGAGUCUCCAGAUUUGGAAUAUGAGGAUAAGACAAAGAGAUUGAGACAAGCUUGUUACAAGGCUAACCAUAAGAGAAAGAGAAGACUUGUCAUGUCUACGUCAACCACAUGACAUCAUCUUCUCUUUGAUCAGUAAAAUACACAACAAGACUAGAUUGACUAAUAAGUGCACGAUUUGUUUGGAAUAGUUUAAUUGUACCAUCUAGACUUAAGUUUGACGAUGAAUCUAUGUUGUGUACAGGCUUGUAAGCAGUCAUGUUUGUUCAUCGCGUCGUUUUGAGUUGGCGUAUGAAUUGAUGAAUGGUGAAUGAGAUUGAGAACUAGGUAGCGAUAUUGUUUAAAGCUUUGCGACUUGGCAAAAUCAUAUAUAGUUUAUUCCUAUGUUAGUCUUUUUGUUAUGGUUCUAUGCUCUCGGUUCAAUCUAGCAUUGGACUCUGGUUCAAGAAGCAUUCAACUGAUUCUAAAUCAUUUUAAAGUGUCGGUUCAAAGGAGAUUAUUAAAUGACUUUUUCUUGGGUUCACCCCCUAGGGUGAACCUUUAGGUUCACCAACCAAUAGAAAGUUGUCAUUUUAGAUCUAGUAUCUUUUAAUUAAGGAAACAAAAUAACUUGCCA